AUGCAGAGGAAUGGAUUAGAGCAUUUUCCUCCUGGAGUUAUUGUUUGUCCUUCCUUACACAGCUCGAGAGCUCGUGGGCAGCUGGGGGCUGUGAGCCAGCCUGGGGUGUGCCGCUACGGCUCCAGGUUGGAGUGCUGUCCUGGCUGGAGAAAGAACAAGGGCCACUGUGAAGCUACCUGUGGACAUGGUUGCAAGCAUGGCGAGUGCAUGGGACCAAACAAAUGCAAAUGUUUCCCUGGAUUUACAGGGAAAUCCUGUAAUCAAGAUCUGAAUGAAUGUGGACUGAAGCCACGUCCCUGUGAGCACAGAUGUAUGAACACACAUGGCAGCUACAAGUGCUAUUGUCUCAACGGGUACAUGCUCAUGCCAGAUGGCACAUGUGCAAGUUCUGGGACAUGUGCCAUGGCGAAUUGCCAGUAUGGAUGUGAAGAAGUCAAAGGGCAGGUGCAGUGUCUCUGUCCAUCAGGUGGCCUUCAGCUGGGACCAAAUGGAAGGACAUGCAUUGACAUUGAUGAAUGCUCCACUGGCAAAGCUGUCUGCUCGUACAACCGCAGAUGUGUCAACACGUUUGGAAGCUUCUACUGCAAGUGCCAGCUGGGAUAUGAACUGAAAUACACCAGCGGCCGCUACAACUGUGCAGAUGUAAAUGAAUGUGUGACAAACACACACAGGUGCAACCUCCAUGCAGAGUGCCUCAACACCCCGGGAUCCUUCCAGUGCAAAUGUAAGCAGGGCUACCAAGGCAGUGGAUUUGAUUGUGCUGUUAUCCCUGAAAAGUCAGUGAAGGAAAUCGCAAGAGGCCCUGGAACAGCUAAGGACACAAUUAAGAAACUUCUUGCACAAAAAAGCAGUGUGAAAAAGCAUAAAACGAUCAAGAAUGCAAUCCCAGAAGCAGCUGUGACCCCACCUUCUAAGACCCACUUGCAGUUGCUGGACUAUGAAGGUGGUAUUGAUCUUGGUGGGAGCUACAGUGAGGAAGAGAAAGAAACUGCAGCUGCUGCAGAAGAGGAGGCUGAUGAGUCAGAUGAAGAGCAGAAGGAAGAUUUUGAAAAUCAAAUUGAUGAACGAAGCCUUAGAGGGGAUGUCUUUUUUGAUUGCAGCUUCAGUCGAGGGGUUUGUGACUGGAAGCAAGAUGCUGAUGAUGACUUUGACUGGAAUCCUGCUGAUCGAGAUAGAGGUGAUGGCUACUACAUGGCAGUUCCAGCUUUUGUGGGGCACAAGAACGAUGUGGGGCGUUUAAAACUUCUCCUCACUGACCUCAAACCAAAGAGCAUCUACUGCCUGAUUUUCAGUUAUCGGCUUGCUGGUGAGAAAGUGGGAAAGCUUCGAGUGUUCCUGGCUAACAAAAAAACUGCUCCUGUCUGGGAAGAGAACAAAGAAAAAGAUGAAAAGUGGAGAACUGGAAAAAUAGAGAUAUUUCAGGGGGCUGAAACAACCAACAGUGUCACUUUUGAAUCAGAACGUGGGAAGGGUAAAACUGGAGAAAUUGGAGUGGACAAUGUUAUACUAAUUUCUGGUCCAUGCCCAGAAGAUACCUGAUAAUGGAAAUUUAAGUAUACCACAUUUAAUCCUA